AUGUCUACCACACAAUGCACCCGACUCCUCACAAGGAACAUCCCCCAAGUGACCUCAAGGAGACGCCAAUUACAAAAUCCCCAUGUCACCCUCGUUGGUUCCCUACCAACCAAUCCCAACUCAAACCCCACCAUUGACUCCGAUCGUCUACCAUACCGGCUCUACGAGCUCUCCCUCAAAAAGAUCCGCAAAGAGGCACACGCUGCCGAACCAGACUUGCGCCAUGUGAUCGCUGGAAUCUCAAUGCAAAAGAACGUUUCCAGUGCCGUUCAGAGCGAUCUUCUUCGUCAGGUUGAUGUGCUUGAAAGUCGAAGACCGAGGGUUCCACUCCUUCCGGGCGCCGAUGAGCCCUGGGAACAUGAAGAGGUUGUCUCGGAACCGGGUUCGCCUUCGGUCUGGGAUAUGGAGUCUCUUGAUCAGGCCCUGUAUGAGAUGGAACGAGCUAGCAAAAAAGGAGAAGUUGCCAGGACGGUCUGUUUUCAGUUAAUAAGUGAUAUGUGA